GAGAUUCUCUAAUGCCAGCAGCACCUGACCGUUUGAUCAGAUGCCAUCCAUCAAGGGUAUGGCCCACUAUUCGAACGGCCAGGCAGCCACCAUAGGACCACGCGAAUCGUAGCGUGACAACGAGGCUGCUUUGUUCCUUGCAUACAACUGGAAGAGAUCUCCUCUUUCCCAGCUCUCUGACACAGUCAUCUAACUACUUCUGCACAGAGGAGAAAUCUCACCUUCCGUCCCCUCCUCCUUCUCCGGAGAAAACCCCACUAAAUGGACCCGGACCCGGACUCGGACUCGGACUCGGACCCGUCGCAAGAACCCGGCCAGAGCCCGAUCCAUCUCCUUCCCAUGGAUGCCAUCCAUCACGUCUUCUCCAAUCUCCCUCUUCGCCACAUCAUCAUCUGCAGAUCUGUCUGCAAGCUCUUCAAAACCGCUCUCUCUUCCCCUCCUUUCCUCGAAACCCUACCCCCUUUCAAUCUCCUUGCCCUUCGUCGCCCAAUCUCCACCCUCCACGUGUUCGACCCCACCCUCAACCAAUGGUUCCGAUUCCCCCUCGAUUUCCUCCCUUUCCCAUCCGCCGCCCCCGUCGCUUCCUCCCUCGGCCUUCUCUACCUCUGGUCUCACUCCAAUUCCAAAUCCUCGCUCGUCCUCUGCAAUCCGCUCACCCGCCAGUUCCGCGUCCUUCCUCAGCUCGGCUCUGCGUGGUCCCGCCACGGCACUGUCCUCGUCAGCGCUGCGGGCCACGUCCUCCUCCUCAGCGAGCUUGCCGCACUCUAUUUCUCGGCCGAUGCCGGCUGCUGGCGCAAUUUCUCCUCCAACCUCCCUGCCAAGCCCCGCAGCCCGGUCGUCGUUGCUGGCUCAGUGUUCGCGCUGUGUGACGUCGGGUCCCCCUGGCGGUCCCAGUGGACGCUUUUCUCAUGUAGGUUCUCUGAGUUCAGCCGCUGGGACCGGCUCGAGAGGCACGAGUGGGGUGACAUCUUCGAUAUCUUGAAGCGCCCCCGGCUCGUUAGUGGGGCUGGGAAUAAGGUCUUUAUGGUGGGGGGGCUCAAGUCGUCGUUUGCGCUCAACUCACCAUGCUCCACGAUCUUGAUCCUGAGGCUCGACCUCGAUUCACUGGAGUGGGACGAGGCAGGCCGGAUGCCCACAGAGAUGUUCGGGCUCUUCCAGGAGUCGACCAAGUUCAAGGUUUUUGGGGGAGGUGGAAGGGUGUGGUUCUCGGGGAAGAGGGUUGUGGGGAGGUUCGCAAUGUGGGAUUAUUCAGAGGCAGUGGGUAGGAAUGGGAUUUGGAGGUGGGUGGAGGGAGUCCCUGGGAAUGGCGAUGGUGGGUUAUGCAGAGGGUUCGUGUUCGAUGCAAGGCUCACGGCUGUUCCUUGAUAGAAAGAAUUCUUGGCCAAACAGGACUUGUAAAGCUGACCCCAAACACUUGGACAACACCAUUAUGAUGAUGACAACGACUACAAUGAGGAUUGUAAUGAUAAAAGUUCUCUGUUUUUCAUGGGAGAUUGCUUAGGCGAACUCGGGAAGUCGAUCUUGCAUCUUGUGAUUUGCAAUUGUACCGAAUUCGGUCUUCAACCUCCAUCUCACUUAUUGGAUACGACUGAAUGAUAAUCCUGGGCAUGCUCUUGUCAGGUCACCAAUGUUGGCUUCUCUUGUAGCAGGUUUGGCUGUUGAGAAGAACUUCAAUACUCUGGCAGAGCCUGAUGGAUGAUAUGUAGGCACUUAGAAAUUGCAUAGAUGUUGUCCAAAUUACUCAAACCAAAAUGUCUCAAUUUAGAUGUACAAUGAACUGAGAAUUAUGAUUAUUUGAUAUCUGACCAUUGGAUCAGCGGA